AUGAAUUAAUUUGCCAAUUACUUGUAAUGUUAGACUAAAAGAGUAGUCUCAGUUUAUCAAUAACAAUGUUAUAGCAAAUCUCCUUAAAGUAGAAAAUGCUUAUAAUCAUUCAGUCCUAAUGAAUAAAAAUAUAUGAAAUAGUUCAAAUGUAUAGAUCAAUAUAAAUAUUAACAAUAACAAUAAAAAGCUAUAUUAUAUCCACCUAAAAGAAUGUCUCCUAAUAAUAAAUAACCUCUUAUUGCUACUAAAUUAAGAAUCUAAGAUAAAGAAAAUAGUAAUCAUCUUUAUAAUGCAAAUAUUAUAUUCCAACCAUGUAGUACUCCAAGAGAUCCUAGAUAAUAAUAAUUAUUUUCACAAUAGAAUUCACCUAAUAUUAAAUAACCUACUCCUUAAUUUGAAAAUCGUUAUGAUUAUAAUUAUGAUGACAAAAAUUAAGAAUUUAGAUUAUCAUCUUCAUAAAUUAAUUUUAGAUUUGUUGAUUCAGAAUAACACACAUUUGAUGAAUAAUAACUUAAAAAUAUUGCAGAUUAAUUUAACAAUAUUGAUAUCCCUUUAAAAGAACCAGAAUUAUCAUAAAAAUCAAUUAAAUCUGAUGAAUUCUUAGUAUAAAUGGAUUCUGUUAAAAAAUCUGAUUAUUCUAAUAAAUCAAAUACCAAAAAUGUUGCCAUUUAAGCAUUUGAAAGUACUCACUUUGAAAAACCAGAGGAAUAGCUUGGUAAAAUAUUUGGAUCUUUGAAAAAAGUUAAAAUUAUUAAAAAGAAAUAAACUUAACCUACUUUAUAAACCUAAGUCACUUAAAAAACUAUGGAAGAUGAUAGUAUGUUAAAAAUGGAUACUUAGUAGGAUUAAUAAGCAAAAACAAUUAGUGGGUUGUCUAAUAUUGAUUUUCAAAGUGAAAAGCUUUAAACUGAAUUUACAGAUCUUGUAAUAUUAUUAUUUUAAUAAAGGAUUCACAUAGAAUUAAAAAUACAUAAGCUGAUGAAUAUGAUUAGUUUAAUAAUUUUAGAUAAAAUAUUGCAACUCCUAAAUAAUUAACAUAAAAUAAUAUCAGUAGUUUUUUAUUAUUAAUUUUAUAUAGGUUUUCUGAUGUAUAAAAAGUAAUUUGAGAAAAAGUCCUGA